CCGCGCAAUUGUGAUCAGAUGUUCGUCUGGUAAACUGUGAAGCGUUAGUGUUACAAGUGGUAGAAAGAGUGAAUAUUAAAAUAAAAUCAUAAUGCGUACAAACGCAAUAGUUAGUUGUUUAGUAUUGUUAUUCCAUAAUGUGUGCUGUACUGAGAAUACGUGGGUGGAGCCCCACGACUGGACAAAACUAUCACCAGAGUCGUUCAAUCAUCCCACCAACACUGAGGAUGCGUGUCUUUGCCAGGCGCCAACAGACCCGAAAUCUAUUGCCUCCGUCGAGGAUCAACUAGCAUUAAUAUAUUUUAAAAAGUUCGUUAACUCACUAUUCAGCCGCAAUAAACUACAACAUAGCAAAUCGGCGCAGCUUUUUAAGCGAUCACUGCUAUUUACAUUGCUGCCGUCACAAAUUGAAGAACUUGAAGCAGCGCAAGAUGUACGAGAUAUUGAUAUUGUUCUCAGUCAAAUUAUGGAUAAAGCCAAGGAUUUACCUUUGAAUAGAGCCGAAGGCGAUUAUGGGUAUUCACAUCAAGGAAUGGGAGUAAAAGCUCUUAUUACAGACAUGUACAAGGAUUUUGUACAGUUGCUGAGAAUAUCUGAGGUAAAAUUUUUAUUGGCAGUAUUGCUCUCCAUUGCUGCCGGUUGGCUUGUGAGAAAACGUUAUCGGAUUCCGGUAUUCGUUAUUGUAAUUGGCGGCGUAUUUAUAUAUGGCUAUUUUCACACUUAUUUGGAGUGCAAUAGAAAAAUGGAAGUCGAUGCCAUGUUGGAAGUGAUCGAUAGUCAUCAAGAAAUUGAUCAGAGUUCCUGGUUUUCGCGACUAUUCGGUUUUAUUUCAAGGGAAACCCCCGAACAAAUUCAAAAGAAACGCUUAAUUAAAUCAACAAAAUUGAUUAUGCCGUUUUGUCGACCCGAUCACGUUUUUGUCAUAUACACAAGUGAUAUAUUCAUAAAACAAAUUGAAAUGCUGCUAGAGAAGACAACGGAUACCAUGACCAAAUUAACCAAUGGUUUAGGGUUCCCGUACAACUUAAUUGCACCAAUUGCACUAGUCUGCAUGAUAAGCUACAUGUUGAAGCUUACGUUCAAAUACAUCAUAAGUCCCAAGGUAUGGAUACAAUUCAUGCAUCGGAACCCGCCUCCACCCGUCCAAGCCACACAACAAGCAUCCCUCGCAGGUGGCUCAGCAAACGACUCUUUGUCGGGUGAGAACCUGAAAAUGUUGCUAAACGUGAUGAACCGUGCGCAAUUAACAACGUCGGAAUCGCAAGCACAAUUAGCCGUUUCUGGGGUUCAAGAGGUGCUGGAGCAACUGGAGGCACCACCACAAAGCACUUCACCAAGCAAGAAAGUCAAACCUUCUUCAAAGGAUACAUCGAGUGAGCAACUUAAUGCCAGCAGUAGCUUUGCAGACAUCGCUCAAGAAGCUGGAUUUACAGUCGUCGACGAUAACGACGAUAAUGAUCAUGAUAUUCAUAUUAGCAACUCUUAACAGUGUCGCCACUUUAAGCCCGUAUUUAAUGUAAUGUUUGUGAUGAUAUACUUAAAAGAAUUUUUACCAGUUUUUUACCCAAGUAAACGAGUCAGUUACCACUUAAUAAUUUUUUGUCAUAGUUAAAUUAUUCUUUAUUUAAAUUA